AUGUCGGAGGGCGACAAGCAACAGAUCGGAGUAGAGUCCACAGAGGCUGGGACUGAACCACAGCCCACGGAGUCUUCACCCAACGGAAUACUUUCCGCACUCGCGCGCAAGAUAUGGGGUGAUGAUACACGGGAGAGAAAAUACAUUCAGAAGCUAGAUAGCUUCCUUUUCUCCUAUGUCCUCCUUGGGUACUUCAUCAAGUACCUCGACCAAACCAACUACAGUAAUGCAUUCGUGAGCGGUAUGCAGGAGGAACUAGGGCUCUAUGGAAACGAGAGGAACCUUCUCAACACUUAUUUUAAUGUUGGAAUCAUCUUGGGCACGAUACCAGCUCAGAUGAUCCAGUUGAAGUGGGUUCGCCCUUCCAUAUGGAUACCCGCUUGUGAACUCGCAUGGUCGGCUCUGACCAUGGUAAUGGCCAGCGCUAAAAAUGUGCAAACGCUCUACGCAUUACGUUUUUUCAUCGGGUUGUUGGAGUCAUGCUCUUUUCCCGGCUUCGCCAGUAUUCUUGGCAGUUGGUAUGGCAAAUCUCAGCUCGCCAAACGGAUGGCGUUGUUUGAACAAACUGCAGCCAUUGCCGGCAUGUUCAGUGGGUACCUUCAAGCAGGUCUUUACACUGGGAUGAACGGAACUGCGGGUUUGUCGGGGUGGAGGUGGCUGUUCAUCAUGGAUGGGGUCAUCUCAAUUCCAAUUGCGCUUUACGGAUUCUUUGCACUCCCAGACUUGCCGCACAACACGCGAGCCUUCUACCUAAAGAAAGAUGACAGAGAAUACGGAAUGGAACGAAUCAAAAAGAUGGGUCGUAAGCCACCUGUGAAACUGACUCUGAAGGGCAUCAAAGAUAUAUAUACCUCUUGGCAGCUUUGGGCCUUCAUUCUACCCUAUCUGAUGGUUGCCGAAGCUGGGUCCGGCACUGGCUACUUCAAUCUCUACUUGAAGGCUGAGGGCUACAGUGUUAUUGUUGCAGCCUUUUCAGUAGGCUGGCUGUCGGAUGCAACUGAGAGCCGUGUGUUGACUGUUGUGUUUGUGCAAGCCCUAGUCAUGGUGUCAAACAUAAUCUUGUCAAUAUGGAACGUGCCAAAGGCGGCAUUGCUGGCGGCAUUCUAUUUAAGCUACACUGGCGGUGCGGCGCAACCUAUAGUCAUCAGCUACGGGCACGAAAUCACGCAGUGGAAUGCCAACCUUCGACAGCUUCUCGUGGCGACGGGAAACAUUUUUACUUAUACUUUUAGCGCUUGGAUGCCAGUGGUCUUAUUCCCGACUUAUGAUGCGCCCAAGUACAAGUACGGAUAUCAGUUUCUCAUAUUAUGUGGCGGCCUCGCUGUGUUGGGCAUGUAUUUGUUGGAUUAUUUAUACAAGCGGGACAUCAAACGAAACCCGCACCGGUACGACGUUGAUUAUGAGACUGAAACCGACCAAGGUACCCAGCAGCGAGGAAGCGAAGAUGGGCUGGCACCAGUUCGAAACGGGGCAGGAUUGUAA